AUGUCCGGUAUCCCAGCCCGUUAUGGUCGCUGGGGCCCUAUCCUGGCACCGUUCAUCGUGAUUGCCCUGAUUUUGCAUUUCCUCAGCGGCAACUUUGGGUCCAAUUCACCAAAGCACCCCGUUCCAACGGGGACUCAGGCCACAGCAGCAGCAGCUACUCCGUCGGCCGAGAACCAGACCGCACCCGCAACCGAGACAACACCGGCAUGCCCACAGCUCAAGGGCAUGGAUGAUGUGCUGGUGGUGCUCAAGACGGGAAUCACAGAAUCGCAGGAAAAGGUACCGGUGCACCUGCGGACGACACUGCGGUGUAUCCCGCACAAGGUGGUGGUGUCCGAUUUCGAGGAGGACAUCGGCGGGCUACGCACGCUGGACGUCUUCCACAACAUGUCCGAGUCGAUCAAGCAGAACAAUGAAGACUUUGCCCUGUACCUGCGCGCACGGGACGGCGGGCGCGACGCAUUGCUGGCGCAGGACCACACCAAGGUAGCCAACAGUGCUUCGGGCAUGUCGGACAACCCGGGCUGGAAACUGGACAAGUGGAAGUUCCUGCCGAUGAUCCACACGGUGCGGCACGCUCGCCCAGAUGCGCGCUGGUAUGUGUUCAUCGAGGCCGACACGUACCCCAUCUGGCCGAACCUGCUGGGCUGGCUGUCGCAUUGGAACCCGGAGGACAAGCUCUAUCUGGGGAACCAGAUGCAGAUCGGUGACAUCACUUUUGCCCAUGGCGGGUCUGGCUUUGUGUUGUCGAAUCCCGCGCUGAACGCCGUGGCCGACAUGCAUGCCAAAAAUCUUAAGGAGUGGGAUCAAAUCACCGAGGAGCAAUGGGCGGGCGACUGUGUGCUCGGCAUGGCGCUCACCAAAGUCGGCAUUGACCUGACCUGGUCCUCGCCCCAUGUUACCACCCAGUCAGUGUGGGAGCAGGAUGCUUUUGGCGACGCCUGGUGCCACCCACCGUUUACCUUCCACCACAUGACGCCGGCCGACGUGGACCGGAUGUGGGAGUUUGAGCAGCAGUGGUUCUCGAAUGAAAAGCACAAACACCUUUUAUACCGCGAUAUCUUCCGUCACCUCGUGCGGCCCACCCUGGCCGAUUAUCUGAACAAUUGGGACAACAAGGCCGACCGAGGCGACGACCAAGACGAAUACGAGGGCCCCGAGACGCCCGCAUCCUUGGUCGAGUGUGCCGACUACUGCGCCGGCGACACAAACUGCAUGCAAUACCGCCUCGACGGGAACGGCCGCUGCACGACUUCACCGAUUAUCCUGCGCGGCACUCCCGAGCCUGGCAUGAAAUCCGGGAACAUGAUGUGGCGGGUUGACGCGGCAAUAGAAAAUGCAGCCAAGUGCAAGAAGGCACACUGGGUGAGACCAUGA